UUCUAGGGGUCGAUGGCGAAUCGCCUGCCUCCUUUCGCGUGAAUUUUUGCUUUCUGUAAAAAAUAGUUGAUCGUUAUUUUGCGAUAACGAUCUCGUCGUUGAGCGCAUUACUCACGGCAACUGUUGAUCGGUGGUCGGGUCUUGUUCGAUCGACGAAAUACUUUGGGCAUGGUGUCGAGUUUCACCGCUGGAUCUGCUCUCGUCUUCGUCGUCGUCGUUGUUCUCUUCGUUUCUCUUGUACCAUUUCAAAGUGAAAUAGGCGAUCGCGACGAGUGCGACGUAAAAGAAAAUCACACCGAGCCAAUUGGUCGCGGCGGCGGGUUUGUUGUGCAGCCGAUUUUCCGGAUAACCGUGACUCAGGGAAUUUUUCGACCAUAUCCACGGGAACUCGGAGACCCACUUGAGCAAUCGAGAAAAUUCAUUCGUGUUUGUAGGAGUAGCUGCCGUCACGCACAAAGACGCAAUUUCAGCAGCUCGACCAAACUCGAUGCCACCGGCCUUCCGAAUUGCGCGCACAGCCCAACGCCGUACAAGGGUGCAAGCUACGAGCGAGUGAUGAAGUCGCGCGAGUGCAUGGUGACGACGGCCCAGAAGCCGUUCUACAAGAAGCCGCUGCUGCUGCACGAGGGCCGCGGCCAGUGGCUCUGGGACCACGAGGGCAAGCGCUACCUCGAUAUGUUCGCCGGCAUAGCCACCGUCUCGGUGGGCCACUGCCAUCCAAAAGUCGUCGAAGCGGCCACCCAACAGUCCCGUCAACUGGGCCACACCACCGCUGUCUAUCUGCACCCUCGCUACCACGAGUACGCCGAAAAGCUGACGAGCAAACUUCCGGCGCCGCUGAGCUGCGUCUACCUGACCAACAGCGGCAGCGAAGCCACCGAACUGGCGAUACAGCUGGCCCGCAUCUACACGGGCCGCCACGAGGUCGUCUCGCUGCGCAACUGCUACCACGGCGGCACCGGGGUCGCUGCCUCGGCGACCUGCAUGAGCGUCUACAAGUACCCGAUUAUGCCGCUGCCCGGCCACGUGCACGUCGCGAAUCCGGACGUGUACAGAGGACCCUGGGGAGGUCGCAACUGCCGCGACAGUCCCUGCCAGGCGAAUCGCGACUGCGCCUGCACGGGUAACAAGUGCGAGGCCGAGGAUCGCUACCUCGAGCAGUUCGACGAGCUCUACCGGACGCAGCUGCCAUCGGACGGCAAGAUAGCCGCGUUCACCGCCGAGAGCAUCCAGGGCGUGGGUGGCACGGUUCAGUUCCCCCGUAACUAUCUGCGCCGCGUGUACGAGGCGGUGCGCUCGAGGGGCGGCCUGUGCAUCGCCGACGAGGUGCAGACGGGCUUCGCGCGCACCGGCACGCACUUCUGGGGCUUCGAGGCCCACGGCGUCCGACCCGACAUCGUCGUCAUGGCCAAGGGCAUCGGCAACGGCUAUCCGCUCGGGGCGGUGGUCACGACGCCCGAGGUGUCGCAGGCCCUCGCCCGGGCCAGCUACUUCAACACCUACGCCGGCAAUCCGGUGGCUUGCGCCGUUGGCAACGCCGUCGUUCAAGUCAUCGAGGAAGAGUCGCUUCAGGAAAAUGCCCAUACCGUGGGUACGCAACUGCUCCACGACCUGGCCUCGCUGAUGCGAGAAUUCCCCGAGACGAUCGGCGACGUGCGCGGCAAGGGUCUGAUGAUCGGCGUCGAGCUCGUCGCGGAUCCGGAAACCCGCGAAUUUCUCCCGGCCGACGACGUCGCCUUCAUCUUCGAGGACAUCAAGGACAGCGGAGUACUCAUCGGUCGCGGCGGCGUCAAGGGCAACGUGUUCCGUUUCAAACCGCCGCUCUGCGUCACCAAAGAGGACGCCACCUGCUCCGUGGACGUUUUUCGCGCCGCUUUGAAGAAGUUCCGAGCUCAGAGGAAACGAUAAAUCGAUUAUUAUCAUAUUGUUGAUGCCGAUCUUUGUAUAAAUUAUUGAUAUCCGUACGCGAAUCGAAGAAAAUUAGAUCGAUUAAUGAUUCACGAGGAAAUAUUUUAUUGUUAUGGAAUCGAUAAUUGGAAAAAAAGAUGAAUUUUUAAUAGACAUUGUUUUGAAGUAAUAUCAUCUCGAAAUUCUUGAAAAUUUCAAAAACUUGCGGUUAAUCUUGUUGUUCCGGAAAAUUCUAUGGCGAACAAGUUCUAGAUUACUUAAAACUUUAAUCUAAAUAACAUAUGUAUUGAUUUUUAAUUUAAUAUAAAUACAUUUUUAUCAAAAACUGAA